GAAUUAUGGAAGGAAUUAUGUUGAUUCUUGCUCACGGGAUUUUCUUUCUUUUGCUGGAGAUAGAGGGGGUACAGGGGAAAGCAGCUGGUGGCUGGUUGCCUGCCCAUGCAACUUUCUACGGAGCUUCUCAAAACCCUACUAGUCUUGGAGGAGCUUGUGGCUACGACAACACGUUUCACUCGGGCUUUGGGAUAAACACCGCAGCGCUAAGCGCAGCCUUGUUUCGACAAGGCCAGGCUUGCGGUGCUUGCUUUCAAAUCACCUGCGACCGACGAGCCGACCCUCGAUGGUGCCUUCCGAGAACUACGGUCACGGUGACGGCUACCAACUUCUGCCCUCCGAAUAAUAAUGGUGGGUGGUGCGAUCCUCCGCAUCGUCAUUUUGAUAUGUCUCUUGCUGCUUUCUCACGUGUCGCUCUGGUUGGGAGUGAGGGUAUUGUGCCUGUGCUCUACAGAAGGGUACCAUGCAGAAGAUCUGGCGGAGUGCGAUUCACCCUUAAAGGUACCGCCAACUUCAACCUCGUAAUGUUCACCAACGUCGGAGGCAGCGGUGACGUCAAGGCCGCGUGGGUCAAAGGCUCGUCUAGACGGUCAUCAGCAUGGACGGCGAUGCAGAGGAACUGGGGAGCUAACUGGCAAACCAACAUUGACUUCAGAAACCAAGCCCUCUCCUUCAAACUCAUGCUCGGCGACCGUAAGACGCUAGAGUUCGUCGGAGUUGUGCCUUCUAGUUGGAAGCAUGGGGAAACCUAUGCUGCCAAGAGUCAGUUCUCUAAUUAGACUGGUACGAGAGGAGAGAGAA